UACAACCUAAUCACUUUGUCAGCCAUGUCAACCGAGGCAUCUAUGGUAGACAAGCCUUCAAAUGAGGCUAGGGAUCCGGCCUACUUUGGUUACUAUGCCAUGCUGCAGCAUCAGCAAAACAUGCUUCAAGACACAGUAAGGACAUCCACCUACCGAUCUGCAAUCCUAUUGAAUACCGAGUGUUUCAAGAAUAAACUUGUCAUGGAUGUUGGAGCAGGUUCCGGUAUUUUAAGUUACUUUGCAGUCCAAGCAGGUGCUAAGAAGGUAUACGCAGUCGAGGCAUCAGAUAUGGCGGGAAAAAUGAAGAAGCUUGUAGAGGCAGCGUCCCUGCCCAGUGGAAGAGCUAAAAAUGAAUUCCUGAAGGAUAAAAUCGAGGUCAUUCAAGCCAAGAUUGAGGACCCAAGUAUUAAGGCACCCAAGGUUGACACAAUUAUUUCAGAGCCCAUUGGUGUACUACUUGUUCAUGAGCGAAUGAUUGAAAGCUUCAUCUAUGCUCGCGACACAUACUUAAAACCAGGAGGGCACCUUUUCCCUAACAAAGGUGUUAUGUACCUUGCGCCCUUCACAGAUGCGUUAUUAUUUACAGAGACAAUAGGUAAAGCCCGUUUCUGGGAGCAGGCAACCUUUCAUGGCAUAGAUCUCUCUCCUCUCUACCCUGAUGCCAAGGCUGAACUGUUUGGUAUGCCUGUAGUUGGCCAUUUUGAUCCAAAAUCUUUGCUAGCCAAUCCAACGUCUGAAAUAAAUGGAGGGUUUGAGAUGGAUUUCAACACUAUCACCAUGAAGGCUCUGCGUGAUUUUGUGGUCCCGAUUUCAUGGAAGGCUCAGUAUACAGGGUUGAUGCAUGGGGUCGCUGGAUGGUUCGAUCUUGUAUUCUCUGGAUAUGCCGACUCAGUCGCUAGCCAGCCGGUCCAAAUGUCUACUGGGCCAAGCUCGGAGCGAACACAUUGGCAGCAGGUGCGGUUCUUGUUUAGGGAACCUUUGGCUGUGAAUUCAGGUCAAGUGAUCCGGGGCUGGAUGCACUGUGUUGUAAACGAUAUGCGCUCAUACACGGUCGAUAUUGAGGUCAUCGUAGGACAAUAUGGGGAUUUGUCAGACCCUACCCAACCAUUUGAACCACUAUUGGAGAAACAAGCGAAGCAACAAACCUCAUCAGCAUCAGCAACGGGAACAAAUGACGUUGUAGAUGUUCAGGAAGUGCAGGAGGAGUAUGACGAUUUGCGAUUCUGUAGACGGAGAGGACGCUGGGAGCUACAUGAGCAAAGCUACAACUAUGCGUAUACAGAGACUGGAGCAGAGUCAUUGACAAAGCCAGAACACUUGUGUUUAUAUGAGCCACAGAAUAGCGAUGAUGCUUAUGAAGGUGUUACCUAUACCAACUAAGACUGUUCAGCAAUAUUGAAAAUACUAUUAUAUGAUGCAUCAAAGAACAAGAGUAGAUAGGAAAGAGUAACUCAAUGCGAAG